AGAAAGGGCACUGCAUGUUUUUGUUUCGAUAGGCUCUUUCUUUCUUCUUUGACUGUAAACUAAACGGAAAUAUUGGAGUGCCCAUAAGUGAGGAACUUAAUAACUUUAGAUUGUAAAGAGCUGUACUGUGAGAUCCAACAAGAUGGCAGCCGAAGGAACCCAAGUUGAAAGUGGAGGAGAUUGUGAGAAACGUCAGGGAAGUCUCCCAAUGUUUUUAAUUCCUAGUCCAAUCAUUACAAGGAGAACAAGAACAGAAUCCAUGACCAGCUUAGCCGCCCAAGGUGCCAACAAACACGGCACCAUAGUGGACUUUUCCAAGAGUAAAGGUCAUGGCUUUAUCCGACCAGACGUUGAGGGCAGCACGGAUAAUAUCUUUCUUCACAUCUCAGAUAUCGAUGGUGACUAUGUACCCCAGCCAGGGGACAAAGUAAUCUACAAGGAGCACCCUCUACCUCCUCAGAAUGUUCAACUACAAGCCGUUCAUGUUAAGAUUGUGCAGAUGGAUCGACAUCAUGAUCACCCUAGAUGGGAAGACCCUGAAGCUCACUCUCAAUCUCAGUAAUCACAUCUACUCCCAUUCCUUUCUUAACGUCCAGGGGUCGAUUUCAGAAAGAUAGUCCUAACUUAAGAUUAGUCCUUGGACUCUUUAGAAGUUAUUCAAAACUUGAGGCUUGUCCUACUCCUACUUGUCCAACUUGUCGAGAUAAGACUCUUUGUGAAAUUCACCCCAAGGCCCAAUUUCGUUGAGCUGCUUAGGCACAAAAGUAGCAAAGCACAACACUUGCUUAGCACAAUUAAUUUCUAAGUGGAUAAGAGUGCAGACUCGAGCUCUGGUGUUUCUGUGUCAACAGUGUGUGGGUUCGGAUAAGGUUACCAGCCAAACUACCAUGUCACAAUACAACUUGUGACUCAUAUCCUGCAGAUUUCUGCUUAGCAGAAAAUUUUCAAGCAAUAUUCUCUAUGAAAUUGGCCCCUGGGACCAAAUUUCAUAGAGCUGCGGACAAAUAGUUGCUAAGCUCAACAAAAUUAUGCUUGGCACAAUUAGGUUCUAAGCGGAUAAGAACGCCGGAACUAGAGAGCUCUGGGGUGGAUUUCUCAAAGAGUUAGGACUAGACUUAUCUUGAGUUAAGACGAGUUACUAGUCCUAACUUAG